AUGACGCCCCGGCAGCCCAAGCAGCCGCUCCGGCGGAUCCAGAGCCCAUUCCGGGCUCACAGAAGCGGCUCGGCUUUUGGCAUGGCAAGGGACAGCGCGCACGAGUGUGGGUCCAAAGAGUGGUGCUGUGACCGCGGCUCCUCCUUCGACGUGGACCAGGAUAAAUGCAAGAAAUCCGAGGGCCACAACGUACACGUGAAGCCCGUGGCGGAGCUCAUCAAGGACUUCCAGGCCGCCACGAGGAGCUAUCGCAUCCCUUUUGGGGUCGACGAUACAGGCGGCCUAAGAGGAUGCACGGAGAAGAACGCGAUCCAAUGCAAAGACGAAGAGCAGAAGCACGUAUGCUGCUGCAAUGCAGGUUUCAUCUACAGUUUUCCUGAGCGGGGAUGUGUUCCAGUCGCCGAUGACCCCACGGAUGUAGAGGACCCCGUGCCAGGGAGCGAGAAGUGGGGCCUCACGCAUUCAGUAGGUCAGGCAUCGAAGUGCGUCAACCACCCCAAGAAGUACUGCUGCCACCGCGCAUGCCAGUACGAGGUCGGCAAGGAUCGGUGUGGCGAGUGCGUCAGCUACGAGCAGAACAAGCCGCCAGUUGCGUGGGAUGUCAUCUUCAAGUACGUCUCGGAGAAAGGCGACUACGUCAUUCCGCCAUCCAUCGACUCACCCGGAGUCUUCGGCUGCAGCACCAAGCACUCCAAGAAGUGCACAGUGCCGCUGUCCGCUGAGAAGCACUGCUGUUGCCACCAAGGCCGCGGCAGUAUAGCGGAAUUCGACUCUAUUAGACUUGUGUGCACACCUGAUAUCAUCUGA